AUGUACGCUCUCCAUUUAGCCUCUUCCCCCAAUCUCGGUUGCAAGGCCCCGUCGCUGGGCGCUGGCAAUAAUCACACCACCAUGAAGGCCGGCGGCGAUGUACAUGUAAGAAGAGUGAGUAGCGGAACUUUAGUUCGCGCUGCGCUCUCUAAGCCGGAGAAGCAGUUGCCGGUAGUGUCUCCGGGGUCGUUGACUAGUGAGGCUGGACGCCUUAUUCCCAAUCUGGCUUGCCGCCAUGGAAAUGAGUCCUAUAACUACAGAGCCAUGGAGUAUUUAACCGCCAUAUUGUCGUCCAAUAAAGUGUACGAUGUAGCAAUUGAGACGCCGUUGCAGCUCUCCUCCAUGCUCACCGCCAGGCUGGGGAACAAUAUCUGGCUCAAGAGGGAAGAUCUUCAACCUGUCUUCGCGUUCAAACUUCGAGGAGCUUAUAAUAUGAUGUCUAAACUCCCAAGGGAGGCAUUGGAUAAAGGAGUUAUUUGUUCCUCUUCCGGUAACCAUGCGAUUGGCGUUGCAUUAUCAGCACAAAAACUUGGGUGUAAUGCAGUAGUAGUAAUGCCUGUUACUACACCUGAUAUCAAGUGGAGAUCAGUUGAGAGGUUUGGGGCAACUGUUGCUCUUGUGGGGGAUUUAUACGAUGAAGCCCAAGCAUAUGCAAAAAGGAGGGGUGAAGAAGAAGGGCGCACGUUUAUCCCUGGUUUUGAUCACCCUGAUGUGAUUGCUGGGCAGGGUACCAUAGGAAAAGAAAUUUUUAACCAAUCUAACUUUCCAAUCCAUGCCAUAUUUGUUCCUAUUGGCGGAGGUGGACUUAUUGCAGGUGUUGCUGCCUAUAUUAAAAUGGUUAACCCCCAAGUAAAGAUAAUCGGGGUUGAGCCCAGUGAUGCAAAUGCUUUAGCAUUGUCGUUGCAUCAUGGGAAGAGAGUAAUGCUGGAGCAAGUAGGAGGUUUUGCAGAAGGUGUGGCUGUUAAAGCGGUAGGCGAAGAAACCUUCCGUAUAUGUAAAGAAUAUGUAGAUGGAGUGGUUUUUGUUGGGCGUAAUGCUAUGUGUGCAUCAAUACAGGAUAUGUUUGAAGAGAAAAGGAGCAUUUUAGAGCCGGCAGGUGCUCUUUCCCUUGCGGGAGCUGAAGCAUACUCCAAGUAUUACAACCUCAAGGACCAAAACAUAGUAGCAAUAACCUCAGGAGCAAACAUAAAUUUUGAUAAACUGAGAUUGGUAGCAGAUGUUGGUAGAGAACUUGAAGUGUAAGAGA